CCCCUGUUGACGGAAUGGAGAGGGGGAUGAGAAAGAGAGUCAGCUGAAGAAGUUAAAUUAAAUCUAUAAAUAUCUGCAGCAUGUUUCAUGUCUCUAAUAUCCAGACAGCUCUAAUGCUCUUCUCUCUCUAAUGUCCAGACAGCUCUAAUGCUCUUCUCUCUCUCUAAUAUCCAGACGGCUCUAAUGCUCUUCUCUCUCUCUAAUGUCCAGACAGCUCUAAUGCUCUUCUCUCUCUAUAAUAUCCAGACAACUAUAAUGCUCUUCUCUCUCUCUAAUAUCCAGACAGCUCUAAUGCUCUUCUCUCUCUCUAAUAUCCAGACAGCUCUAAUGCUCUUCUCUCUCUCUAAUAUCCAGACAGCUCUAAUGCUCUUCUCUCUCUAUAAUAUCCAGACAGCUCUAAUGCUCUUCUCUCUCUCUAAUAUCCAGACAGCUCUAAUGCUCUUCUCUCUAUCUCUAAUGUCUGGGAUUUCAGCAUGAUAGAUCAGCUGUUGGGUUGAACACAGUAUUAUGAUUGAGUGUAAUCGCUUACCUAAAUCCCCUACACUGCCACUAUGUUCACUAGGAUGUUCACUAGGAUGUUCACUAGGAUGUUCACUAGGAUGUUCACUAGGAUGUUCACUAGGAUGUUCACAAGGAUGUUCACUAGGAUGUUCACUAGGAUGUUCACUAGGGAAACUUGAUACUUGCCCACCACUGUCUCCUUUCCUCUGAUAGCACCACGUUGGCAUGAACAAAACAAUGAUUAAACUAGCAACAUCUCUGGUGAACGUCUGAUCCUACAAUUCUACACACUAGGAUGGAGGGGAUGGCCGUGACAAGCAGCACGGAUUACCACACACAGCCACGAGACACAAAUGAGUCUAUCGAACACACUACACAUACAGAUAUUUAACAGAGCUAUGCUAUGACAUCACAGGAGGAUGGGAGGGGACUAGCAUCUAGAGUGACAACGAGACAAUGUUGGGGGUCUUUAUAAAAACAAGAUUCUGGACUCCCACUUCAUAAAGGUCAACUUUAUUGUCACUAGUGCACAAUUGUAUACAAUGUUAAAAAGUGUAAAAAAUUCUCUGGGAAAGAGAAAAGAUGCUAAAAUGGGUAUCAGAGAGUGUCAAAAAGGACCCGAAGACGAGACGGGUGGCAUCCAACCUGUUAUGGAUGGAGACUGUAGUAUCCAAGGUGUUAUGGAUGGAGACUGUAGUAUCCAAGGUGUUAUGGAUGGAGACUGUAGUAUCCAAGGUGUUAUGGAUGGAGACUGUAGUAUCCAAUGUGUUAUGGAUGGAGACUGUAGUAUCCAAGGUGUUAUGGAUGGAGACUGUAGUAUCCAAGGUGUUAUGGAUGGAGACUGUAGUAUCCAAGGUGUUAUGGAUGGAGACUGUAGUAUCCAAGGUGUUAUGGAUGGAGACUGUAGUAUCCAAGGUGUUAUGGAUGGAGACUGUAGUAUCCAAGGUGUUAUGGAUGGAGACUGUAGUAUCCAAGGUGUUAUGGAUGGAGACUGUAGUAUCCAAGGUGUUAUGGAUGGAGACUGUAGUAUCCAAGGUGUUAUGGAUGGAGACUGUAGUAUCCAAGGUGUUAUGGAUGGAGACUGUAGUAUCCAAGGUGUUAUGGAUGGAGACUGUAGUAUCCAACCUGUUAUGGAUGGAGACUGUAGUAUCCAACCUGUUAUGGAUGGAGACUGUAGUAUCCAAGGUGUUAUGGAUGGAGACUGUAGUAUCCAAGGUGUUAUGGAUGGAGACUGUAGUAUCCAACCUGUUAUGGAUGGAGACUGUAGUAUCCAAGGUGUUAUGGAUGGAGACUGUAGUAUCCAAGGUGUUAUGGAUGGAGACUGUAGUAUCCAAGGUGUUAUGGAUGGAGACUGUAGUAUCCAAGGUGUUAUGGAUGGAGACUGUAGUAUCCAAGGUGUUAUGGAUGGAGACUGUAGUAUCCAAGGUGUUAUGGAUGGAGACUGUAGUAUCCAAGGUGUUAUGGAUGGAGACUGUAGUAUCCAACCUGUUAUGGAUGGAGACUGUAGUAUACAAGGUGUUAUGGAUGGAGACUGUAGUAUCCAAGGUGUUAUGGAUGGAGACUGUAGUAUCCAAUGUGUUAUGGAUGGAGACUGUAGUAUCCAAGGUGUUAUGGAUGGAGACUGUAGUAUCCCGUGUUAUGGAUGGAGACUGUAGUAUCCAAGGUGUUAUGGAUGGAGACUGUAGUAUCCAAGGUGUUAUGGAUGGAGACUGUAGUAUCCAAGGUGUUAUGGAUGGAGACUGUAGUAUCCAAGGUGUUAUGGAUGGAGACUGUAGUAUCCCGUGUUAUGGAUGGAGACUGUAGUAUCCAAGGUGUUAUGGAUGGAGACUGUAGUAUCCAAGGUGUUAUGGAUGGAGACUGUAGUAUCCAAGGUGUUAUGGAUGGAGACUGUAGUAUCCAAGGUGUUAUGGAUGGAGACUGUAGUAUCCAACGUGUUAUGGAUGGAGACUGUAGUAUCCAAGGUGUUAUGGAUGGAGACUGUAGUAUCCAAGGUGUUAUGGAUGGAGACUGUAGUAUCCCGUGUUAUGGAUGGAGACUGUAGUAUCCAACCUGUUAUGGAUGGAGACUGUAGUAUCCAAGGUGUUAUGGAUGGAGACUGUAGUAUCCAACCUGUUAUGGAUGGAGACUGUAGUAUCCAAGGUGUUAUGGAUGGAGACUGUAGUAUCCAAGGUGUUAUGGAUGGAGACUGUAGUAUCCAACCUGUUAUGGAUGGAGACUGUAGUAUCCCGUGUUAUGGAUGGAGACUGUAGUAUCCAAGGUGUUAUGGAUGGAGACUGUAGUAUCCAAGGUGUUAUGGAUGGAGACUGUAGUAUCCCGUGUUAUGGAUGGAGACUGUAGUAUCCAAGGUGUUAUGGAUGGAGACUGUAGUAUCCAAGGUGUUAUGGAUGGAGACUGUAGUAUCCAAGGUGUUAUGGAUGGAGACUGUAGUAUCCUGUGUUAUGGAUGGAGACUGUAGUAUGCAAGGUGUUAUGGAUGGAGACUGUAGUAUCCAAGGUGUUAUGGAUGGAGACUGUAGUAUCCCGUGUUAUGGAUGGAGACUGUAGUAUCCAAGGUGUUAUGGAUGGAGACUGUAGUAUCCAAGGUGUUAUGGAUGGAGACUGUAGUAUCCAAGGUGUUAUGGAUGGAGACUGUAGUAUCCUGUGUUAUGGAUGGAGACUGUAGUAUCCCGUGUUAUGGAUGGAGACUGUAGUAUCCAAGGUGUUAUGGAUGGAGACUGUAGUAUGCUUCCGGUUCCGGUUGGAGCGAGCGGUCGCAUUCGCACUUCGCUCUGCAGGUUGUAUAACUUUUUAUAACUUUUUCAUUACAUUUCAUUAUAGUACAACGGUUGAUUUGUCUAAUCUUAGCAAUUCUUCUUAGCUAGCUACAUAGCCGUCCUUGUAUCAGAGAUAAUUGCAUAAUUAUCGUAUUUCGUCGCCCUAACGUAGCCUUCACUGCUAUUCGCCCAGGAGCUAGCAAACGCUAGCUAACGCACACA